AUGGUUGUCCGACUUCGGGAAAACAAAGCUUUGAGGCUUAAAGACGAUUACAUUAUUUCGCCGACCCUUUCGUCGACUCUGAACUCAUUCCUCCAGAAGAGCGACGAGAAUAAGAUUUCGUGGAAAUAUUUCAACGAAAAAGAGUAUAUAUCGAAAGCAACGGUUUCCCCGUUAGGCGAUGUUUACGCCAAGAAUAAGUUCAAUCAGUUGGCCAGCGAUCGAUUGGCCAGCAAUCGGAUCAUUCCCGAUACGCGCGCCUAUAGCUGUAUGUCCAAAGAGUACGACCAACUGUUCCCGACCAGUGUUAUCAUCACUUUUCACAACGAGGCGCGAUCCACACUUCUUCGCACUAUUGUCUCCGUUCUCAACAGAAGUCCAGAACAUCUCAUCAAAGAAAUCAUUUUAGUCGACGAUUUCAGUGAUAACGCUUCCGAUGGCGAAGAACUCUCCAAAAUACAAAAGGUUCGCACCAUUCGCAACAAUAAGAGGGAGGGUUUGAUGAGAUCGCGGGUUACCGGCGCUGACGCAGCCGUCGGACCGAUACUAACAUUCCUCGACAGUCACUGCGAGUGUAACACCGGUUGGUUGGAACCAUUGCUCGCACGGGUUGGCCACAACCCAUAUCUAGUCGUUUCUCCAGUGAUUGAUGUCUUAAAUAUGGAUAACUUUAGAUACAUCGCCGCCUCUGCAGACUUGAGGGGCGGUUUUGACUGGAAUUUAGUAUUUAAGUGGGAAUAUCUUCCAACCGAAGUGAGAAAACAACGUUCAGAUCCUAUUUCGCCCAUUAAGACACCGAUGAUUGCGGGCGGACUCUUCUCUGUCAAUAAGACAACAUUUGAUACUUUAGGCAAAUACGACACCAAAAUGGAUAUAUGGGGUGGCGAAAAUUUAGAAAUUUCUUUCCGUAUUUGGCUCUGCGGUGGAGAACUGGAAAUCAUUCCGUGUAGUCGUGUCGGCCAUGUGUUCAGAAAACAGCACCCGUAUGUGUUUCCCGGCGGCAGUGGAACUGUUUUUGCAAGAAAUACACGGAGAGCGGCGGAGGUCUGGAUGGAUGACUACAAGAAGUUUUACUACGAUUCAUAUCCGGCCGCGAAGUUCAUUGAUUUCGGCGACAUUUCCGAGCGCUUGAAACUGAAAGAAGAUCUUCACUGCAAACCAUUUAAAUGGUUUUUAGAUAACGUUUAUCCGGAACUCGUGGUUCCCGGAGAACCCAACCCUAAGGGCCAAUUGGUUCAGUCGGACCAAUGUUUGGACACUUUGGGACACAACGCUCGCCAAAGUAUAGGACUGUACGGAUGUCACGGACAGGGGGCCAACCAAGAGUGGUCUAUUAACAAAGAGGGCGCUAUUAUUCACCAAAAUCUGUGCAUUACUAUAAUGAGUCCGUCGGCUAACGCUUCUGUUUUGCUAUUUUACUGCAAUGGAGCCGACAAUCAGAAAUGGAGCCGUGUUUUUGGUCAACACAUCCAGCAUUUGACGCAUAAUUUAUGUCUGGACUCGAAGUUUGUGUCCGAAAUGGGAAUAACUGCCGAUCACUGCGAUUCCACAUCAAAGACCCAGAUGUGGGAAUUCAGAACUUGAUAACAAUGAUAGUAUUAAUACCCUUCAGUCGAGCA